GGCACAUGUCUUGGAAAGCUAACGACCGCAGAUCGUCCUCGUGAGUGGGGUCGACACAAUUUUAUGGCUAUUAGUGAUCGGAUAGUUUUUUGCAUUCCACAUUUUUCCAACAUUUUAGUUUUUGCAAAGUCUCACAACACAGAGAGAAGGACUCGAUAUUCAUGGUAUUAUGCAAAACAGGGUGGGUUACGGGACUCAUGCAGCGGCCAUUUUUUUCUCCUCAAUGGGUCAUCUUUCACAGGUAAGUUUGUGCGCUCUUUGCGCCUGCGUGUGCGCAGAAGAUAUUGCGCAAUGCUAUGUUUUAGAAGGAAAAUUACAGCCGUGUGAGCCUUUGAAAAAUUCUCGAACCUUGACCCUUUUAACUUUGUUCGUGAGCAUAAUACCUUGAAGAGGUCUUUCUCUCACGUGAAAAAGUUCUGCCAGAAAUGAGCUCUGAAGGUGUAGAUAAGGUUAAGGAAAGUGUAAAGGUCUACUAUGGCAAAACCCUCAAGUCUUCCGAUGAUCUUCAGUCGAAUGCCUGUAAACUAGGUGGAAAACAAAUGUCAGACGCCGUGGAGAACGCUUUGAAACUUGUCCAUGAGGAGGUAUCGAGCAAGUUUUAUGGGUGCGGUUUAGUGGCCCCAGAGGCAAUUGACGGCUUGUAUAUCCUGGAUCUUGGAAGUGGAUCGGGACAAGAUUGUUUUGUACUCAGUAAACUGGUUGGUGAACACGGCCAUGUUACUGGAGUAGACAUGACCAAAGAACAGGUGGACAUUGCCAACAAGUACGUAGAAUACCAUGCUCACCAGUUUGGAUAUUCUAAGCCAAACACUGAUUUUAAACUUGGUGAAAUGGAGAGACUGUCUGAUGUAGGAAUACAGGACAGGACUAUGGACAUAAUAAUUUCAAACUGUGUUGUAAACCUAACUGCAGACAAGAGAGUUGUUCUUAAAGAAGCUUACAGAGUUCUUAAGGAUGGAGGCGAGGUAUACUUCAGUGAUGUUUACACCGAUACAAAACUGCCUGAGGAAGUCAGAAGAGACGAAGUGCUUUGGGGUGAAGGUGUUGGAGGAGCUCUUCACUGGAAGGAGUUGAUUAAGCUGUGCAAGGAAGUUGGUUUCUCAGGGCCAUAUUUGGUUACUGCCAGACCUUUUGUGGUUGAACCACAUCUUAGACAACCUCUUGGUAAUGCACAGUUUGUGGCGGCCACUUAUCGCUUGUUCAAGGUCCUUAACAGCAGUGAGACAGUUGCUUCUAGAGUAACAUACAAAGGAACUAUAGAGGACAACCCAAACGAACUCAAGUUGAGUGUUCAUAACACCUUUACGAGGACAACCAAGGCUGUUUCUACUGAAGUAGCAGGUGUCCUCAGGGCAUCCCGUUUCUCGAAGCAUUUCGAAUUCCAACCGCUAGAGCCUGGAACCACAGCUCCCGUUGAUGACGUGUACAUUGACGCGGAUCCUUUUGCCUACUGUGUGUCUAACAAAGUGGCGCCAGGAGCAUCUUGCCCCAAACUGGCUAAACUGGAAAGUUGAACAGAGAAACGGCUUGUUACCCGAAAUGUAGGAAGAAGGUUUCAAGGCGCCAUUUUGAGCAUACUGUAAAACCAUUUUGAGACAGACUUAGUCUAGCUAGUUUGAACCUUCGUUGUCAUAGUGAACAGGGAUGCUAUAGUGUUAUUUAAUUAUCACCUAGUCAGUUAUUUUGGAAUUCAUAUUCACUGUUUUGAACUUGAAGUUGAGCUUUUAUACCGUUGACUGAGCUCUUACUUGAAAUGCUUUCAAAUUAUGUUUUUCUUUUUGUAAUAUUUUAAUAAGGUUUUUGAUCUCUCACUUAGAGUUGUAACGAUAUGUGUCGAUAAAUACAGGACUAAGGGAAGCCAUGCAGAACAAUUAAUAA